GUAUAACUCUCACCAACUAUCACCAAUUGGCUAACUGAGAAAAUUUCACUAUUAUUAGUUUGUAUUUGGUGAUUUAUAUAAAGCAACAUCCAACCAAAUACCAUUUGGUCCUCACCUCUUUUCCUCUUUAUUACCCCCCAUGGCCAAAACCACCCCAACUCACACCUCCACCAUCUUCACCAUCUUCUUCUUCUCCAUCCUCAUAGCCACAAAAUCUCAAGAAUUCUCAAGAAAACUCUCUCAGAAAAAACUAGGGCUCAAAAAAGAGAAGUUGAGCCACCUCCACUUCUACUUCCAUGACAUCGUCUCCGGCAAAAACCCUACGGCAGUCAGAGUUGCACAGGCAGCCAUGACAAACAAUUCAUCAACCGCGUUCGGGGCGGUGGUAAUGAUCGACGACCCAUUGACAUUAAAGCCGAAACUGAGCUCGGAAGAAGUGGGAAGAGCACAGGGAAUCUAUGCCUUUGCAGCACAGAAUGAGUUUGGUUUGUUAAUGGUUAUGAACUUUGCUUUCACAGUAGGGAAGUACAAUGGAAGCACUCUUAGUAUUUUGGGCCGGAAUCUCGUGUUAUCGAAUGUGAGAGAAUUGCCGGUGGUCGGAGGGAGUGGAGUGUUCCGAUUUGCGAGAGGGUAUGCUCAUGCCGACACUGUUUGGCUUAACAUGACUAGUGGUGAUGCUGUGGUGGAGUACAAUGUCUAUGUCUUCCAUUACUGACCUCUGGUUUUGCUUUCCCUGUCUUUAGAUUAUAUUAUCGGUAAAUUAUUCCGUUGUUCUAUAUAGUUUGAUCGAGAGAUCUAAUUAGUUUCAAUUUCAUUACAUUUAUAAUUAUGGGGCACUUUGAAAGCUAAUUAAAAGCCAAUUUUGGCUUUUAACA